GUUAGCAGCUAGCUCCAGCGGGAUGGAAAAUGGAGGACUGACCGAAGCGCGAGGGCAUUAUCGGUAUUUCCAGUUUGUAGAUCCUUUAACCUUGUACCAAGACAGAUGAUAACUGGUUCAAGGCCUUUGUUUUGUUUGAAGAACAGCUCCGUCACUCGUCACUGCUGAACCGCAGACAAUCUGUUUGAAAGUAGUGCUUGACUCCAUCAUCUAUGGAGGAGAAUGUGAGCCCUGAGCUCUCUCUAGCUCCUGAGCCAGAGCAGAGCCAGGACCGUAUGGAUAGCUGCUCUCAAGACUUGGAAGAAGGCGAUACAGAGCAGAAAGAACAGUUUGUAACUGAAAGUGAGAAUGUGGCCAAAGAGACACUAGAGGAGUCAGGUAAACCUUCCAAGGCCAACAGUGAAUUAAAGAAAACUUGGGGUUUCCGGCGGUCCACUGUUGCAAAGAGAGAGAUGCCAGUGGAGGCAGCAACCGACAGCCCUGAUAACCGAUGUCCAGUACGUCGCAGUGGCAGGCAGUCGAAGCUCACUAACAAACUACAGGAAUUCCUCUCGACUGCCAAAAGAGGGUCAAGGAAGAGUGCCCCUCCCAGUUUGGAAAGUGGAGAUCCUCCUUCCCAAACCCCAACUGAUGCAGAGACUGCCUCAGAGGCCAGUUUUGAUGGUAACGCUGACACCAAGGCUGCGGAGGACAAGGCAGAGUCCCCAGAGAGGAGGACGAGAAGUACCGCCAGGAAGCAGGCCCAAAGGAAAGGUCGAGUUGGCAGACCGCCUCGAUGUGGCCGUGGAGUGACAGUCAAAGAUGAGGAGAGCUCUGAGAAUGAUGAGGACAGCAAAGACGCCGCUAAGAAGGACCAGUUACUGGAUAAAGAUGAGGAGGUAAAAGAUGAAGACGGUAAUCCCAGUCCUGAAGAUGUAGGGAGUGCUCAUAAAGUCUCACAGUCUCAGCCGGAGCAGGACUCUGAGAGUAAAGAGCUUGUAGAGGAGAAGGACCAACAUGGGGAUGAAAAUGAAAACAUGGAAAAAGAAGAGACUGAUGAAGAGGAUGAGGGCAGCACAGACAAACCUGCAGCAGUGUUGGUAAAACGUGGACCAAUAAGAACGUACAUCAAUAAAAAGAGGGCAGCCAAUAAAAACACUACCCCUGUUAAAGGUCCUGCUCCUGCUAACAAGAUCACCAUUCCAAUCAAGAGAGAGCUGAAGCCUAAAGUUACCCAGGCUUCUGGAAUACGUAAAGCCCAGACAUUAGAGGACAAUGAUGAUGAAAAUGACUCAACAUCUUCGUCUUCGUCUUCAUCUUCCUCAUCCAUUGAUUCUGACGAGGGAGGUUAUGACCCCAAUGCACUUUACUGCAUCUGUCGCCAGAAACACAACAAAAGGUUCAUGAUCUGCUGUGACCGCUGCGAGGAGUGGUUCCAUGGAGACUGUGUGGGCAUCACUGAAGCCCGCGGGCGCCUGAUGGAGAGAAAUGGCGAAGACUACAUCUGCCCCAAUUGCACCGCUAAGAAAAACCAAGUGGUCAGACCCGCCACAUCUAUCCUCUCUACAAGUAUAGAUAUCGGAAAGUCCAGAGCACCAACUUUUGCUCCAGCUGUUUCUGCUCUGACCUGUACUGAGAAAAUGAACACCAGCGGGUUAGCUGUUCAGGCUGGGGCAGCACAUCUGUCCUCCACCACUGGAACUGAAGAGAAGGCAGCAGAGGACCUGGGCAUCAAAGGCAGGAUAGAGAAGGCUACUAAUCCCACUGGAAAAAAGAAGAUAAAGAUCUUUCAGCCGGCCACACAACAGCCAGCCCAACCAAAAGCAGACCGGGAAUUGGUGGAAAAGAAGGCCGCACCCACAGCAGAGCAGAAAGCACUACCGGACACCGAGCAGAAAGUGGCAUCCAACGUGGAGGUGAAAACAACACCAAUAGUGGAGGUGCCAGAGGAGAAGGCCGGGCAGAAAGCUGAGGAGGAGUCUUCACUUCCUAAAUGUAUCGGCCCUGGCUGUGACAGUAACGCCCAGCCAGACUCUGUGUACUGUGGCAAUGACUGUAUCCUGAGACAUGCUGCUGCCACCAUGAAAUCCAUCACUGAUGUCAAAGAGCCCAAGCAGAAGGACAAGGUCAAGGCUCAGAAAACCAAGUCUACACCAAAGAGGAAUGCCGUUGGUAGGAAGAAGACGCAGAAGAAGACCCGGGAGGAGUCGGACAGCGAGGACAACCACAGCGAUGAUCCAGAUGACGAGGACGACGAAGAUGAGCAUGCUGAGGAACACCCGCCCCCGCCGGCCACUGCAUCCUGGUCCAGCGACCAUAAUUACAUUGCAGUAACACCAGAAAAGACUACACCCAUAUCAACAGUUUUAAACAAAAAGUCCCCGGCCAAAGAAGAGAAGCAGAAUGAAAAGGAACAGAAGGAGAAGGAACCAGCCCCGACUCCUGAGAAACCUUCCCCAGCUUCCACAACUCCAGUCAAAGGAAACAAGAAGUCCCCGCAGACGAAAGCAACCAAGGUUUCACCAAAGGGCAAGAAGCCUUCCCCUCCAUCAACCAGCUCAAGGGCGUCCAAGAAACCUGCAACACCCAUUAGUAAAACUGCAGCAAAAUCCAAGAAACCAGGCCAGAAGCCUGUCAAGCCCCCAUCUGCCUUUCCUCCAGGUCCAAUCCACGUCACAGGAGCACUUCGAGUCACCAAAUCCAACUUCACCAUUCCUAAGAAGCAACCACAACAAAAGGAUGCUCCAUCUUCAUCCUCCAGAGUCCCAUCAUCUCCGGCUUCUUCAGCUCCCUCCAGCCACACCCAAUCCUCCAGACCUUCACAUCCAGCUGCUUCAGUGCCUUCAGCCCCUCUGCCACCGCCACCCAACAACCAAAUGAGAACAAACAUCCGCCGUUCGCUGACAGACAUCAUCUUUAAGCGGGUGAGCGACAGUGAUGAUCUGAAAAUGACUGAGGCUGAGGUGGCGAGGCUGGCAGUUGUCAUUGAAAAGGAAAUGUUCAACCUCUGCCUUACCACUGACAGCAAGUACAAGAACAAAUACCGUUCCCUUAUGUUCAACCUGAAGGAUCCUAAAAACAAAGGCUUGUUCUACAGGGUGGUGGGUGGUGAGGUUAGUCCCUUCAGACUGGUGAGACUAAGUGCUGAAGAGCUGCUUUCUAAAGAGAUUUCUGAGUGGAAAAAACCUGAAGAUGCUGAGGCCCAUUCUUCCAGUGCAAGGGCCCAUUCGGGGCAUUCCAGACUGGGCAACAGGCAUGACUCUAGCUCUCACAGCAUUGAUAUGGAGGAUGCUCCGCCAACAUCUGAUACAGAUGUAUGUAUGUCUACCACCACUUCAAACUUCACCACUGCUCGCAUGGCCUCUGCUGCAGACCAAGAUGAGUUGAGCUCCACUCCUUUAGCUGUGGCUCAGCCUUCUGCUGCAGAUGGGAACAGUGGCAGCAGCAUGCCAGACAUUUUCAGCAACAUGCUCAAAGACACCACUUCUGAACACAGGACUCAUCUAUUUGACCUCAACUGUAAAAUAUGCACAGGUCAGAAGUCAGAAGAUGAGCCUGCAGCUAAGAAAGCCAAACUGGCCAAAAAGCCUGAAACUAAGCCGCUUUCGUCCAGGACAGGGGACGUCUCUCCUGUCAGUCAAACACAGGUCCCCACAGCUUACCAGCCCCAAGACCCGUUACCCUACCAACACUCCAUCCCUUCGUCCUACCAGUCUAAUGUGGAGCCAGCUGUCCCAGAGUCACAGCCACAGCUGGACCUGAAUAUGCUGCUGGCCCCUCCAGCCCAGGCCCCAGCACCCAUCAACCCCACCGUGUCCUCGGUCAGCAUCACCCGCAGAGACCCUCGCAUGGCCAGGCACAGCUCCGGUGUGACUGUCACCUACCCUGCUCCAGAAAAGCCCAUCAACAACUCUGCAGAAACACUUCCAGCUCCUGUCAGUGCUCCAGUGGAGGUAGUACCCAAGACUGUGCUGCCGAUGCCCCCAGCUCCCCCAUCCUCAGUAUCUGCAUCCAAACCAACAAAAACAAGUACAUCUGAGCCUCCUCCUGAGGGUGAGACAGCCAUCUUCCUCCAUGGUCAAGAGAAGAUUUGGAAAGGACUGAUCAACAUGCAGUCUGUAGCCAAGUUUGUGACAAAAGCGUAUCUGGUGUCCGGAUCCUUUGAACACCUCAAAGAGGAUUUGCCAGAUACCAUUCAUGUUGGAGGACGGAUAUCUCCAAACACAGUUUGGGACUACGUUGGGAAACUGAAAACCUCCCUCUCUAAGGAACUGUGUUUGAUCCGUUUCCAACCUGCAACAGAAGAAGAAGAGGUGGCAUACGUCUCUCUCUUCUCUUACUUUAGCAGCCGAAAGCGCUUUGGUGUAGUGGCUAACAACAACCGUCGCAUCAAAGACCUCUAUCUCAUCCCACUGGGCUCAAAGGACCCAUUACCCUCCAAACUGUUACCGUUUGAUGGGCCAGGGCUUGAACCAGCUCGCCCUAACCUCCUCUUGGGGCUGCUGAUCUGCCAGAAAGACAAAAAGCGUGCUGGUGCGCCGUUGGAAUCUGAAGAAAAGCGGUCCAAGACACAAACCAAAGAUGCUGAUGACACUGGCCUACCAAAGCCAUCUUCAGUCAGAGCAGAAAGAAGUACACGACUUACAAGUCUCGAUAUCUCCUUCAGUACAACUCCUCCAGGGUCGCCUCCAUCCAACUCCUCUGAGACCUCAAGCAGCACUGCAGCCACUUCCUCAGUCCUUUCCUUCUUAUCCUCUGUCAAAGCUACAUCUACUGCCACUGGCAAGGACUCCCCAUCCUCAUCCAGCUCCGUUGCAUCCUCUGCACCUGCUGCAACUCCUCUUCAGACCAUCCUCAACACUCUUUUUGGGAAGAAAAAGCAUGACUCAGAAGCUUCCAACUCUCCAUCUGAUCAGGGUGGGGAACUCUCCCUCCCGCCUGCUACAAUGCUAGACCCUAUUGUGCAGCAGUUUGCACAGAUUUCAAAAGAAAAGCAGGUCGAGGAGGACGAAGAUGACCGACCAUAUGAUCCAGAAGAAGAGUAUGACCCCAGUAGGGGCUAUAAUGUGCCUAAGAAGCCUGUUCAGGUUGAAAGCAAACCUGAACUCUCUAAGCAGCCUGAGGUGGCUGCAGAUGAAGGGGAUGAUGUAGCAUAUGACCCAGAGGAUGACUCCAUUUUUGAAGACGUCAAACCUGUAGUACCAGGUCCGGUUAAGGCUGCAACUGAAUCUGUGACAGAUCCACAAAAGAUUUUAGAGAGCCUUAAACAGAUUGGGGAUCAGACAUUCCACAAACAGGGAGAGCAGCAGAUGCCAUCUACAGACACACCUGCUGCCUCAUUAAUACUUCCAGACACACUCUUAACUCAUCCUACAAAAUCCCUUUUGGCCAAUACUCAGCUACUGCAGCUUGGCAAAAAAGUUGAGGAACUAGUGAAGUCUUCGUCGGUUGCUCCCUUGAUCAACCAAAGGAGAGAUCCCCGGCAGAGUAGGGAUCCUCGCCAGGCUGCAGCGGGCAAGAAAUCACCUGAUGAAACUGAGGAGCAAGAGGAGACAUCUGCUUUGUUGGUGGAUUCCACUCCUUCCUCACAACCUGUCGAUCAAGAGCCUCAGUUGUCUAAUGUAACUGAACUCCCAGAGUCCUCACAAGGCCCAGAGACAUCACUGCCUCACGAGGAAGUGAAAACGGAGACGCUACCCUUCAUGUCCGAAGAAGCGGAGGUGGCAAUUCCAUUAUUAGGUGAGGAGGUGGAACCUGAUAUGGAGGUCAACUACAUGGAUGAGAAAGAAGUGAAAACUGAGGAAGCUGACCCAAUCAAAGUAGAAACGGAGAUGGACAAGUACAGUAUUUGGCCAAAUGCUGCUAGUAUUUUAAAAGCUGGUGAGGACUCAGAAUAUGAGGAGAAUAGCCAAGAUGCACCAGCCACAAGUUAUUAUGAACCUACUAACACUUCCACAAUAACGUCAGCGAUCCCAGUACUCACACAGAGCACAGCAAUAGUAGAGACUCAGUCCCAUCACCUGCCACAUCACAUAUCUACACCGGGCUUUGACAGUGAGUACAGACCUCCAGCUGACAUUCCCCCACCAUCCAACUUCCCCCCACCCCAUCCCAUGCAGGGACAAAACCUAAUAUUGAGGCCUCCGCCGAUGUCAAUGCCACCACCCAUGCAGGGUCUUCCUCCGAUGUCAGGCCCCCCUCCCAUGCAGGGACCCCCUCCCCCCAUCUAUGUUCCUCCCCCUAUGCGUGGUCCGCUCCCCAUGCAGGGGGACAGCAGCCAGCAAUAUGGUCCUCCUCCAACUGCAUACCCUCCUUAUCAGAACCAGUGGCCAGGCACCCAGCCACCACAGCAGCAGCCACCUCCUGGACCACCUCCCCAGAAUAUCAUGCCACCCCGAGGACCACCACCACCAUUCCCUCCAAUGGCCCAGAGGGGUGCAGCUCCUCCUAUCUUUAAUCCCUCUAUUCCCCCACAGCACAUUGGACAGCAAGGCCUCCCGCCAGGCCUUCCCCCACCUCCUACUUUUGAUGGACAGAGCAGUUUACCUCCACCAAGAUUCCCUGGUCCUCCGCCACCCUUCAAUGUCCCUGCAAACAGAGGUCUUCCUCCCCCAUUCACAGGGCCACCUCCCAGUCACUUUGAAAACAGACUCCCUCCUCCGUCCCACUUCCCCGGGCCCAGGGGCCCCCCGCCUUCUCAGUAUGGUGACCAUGCGGCUCCAUCCCCGAUUGGAGACCAACCUCGUGGCCCUGCAGAACAGUAUAACAAAGACAAUUCUAACACUUUCAAGCUAAAUGUGGACCAGAAUCCAAACACUCUCCAUAUUUUUAAAGACAAUCAGAGUCCCCCGCCAGGUCCAGCAUACCGGGGACCACCACCUAACCAGUAUGAGGACAGAAGGGGCCCACCUUCCAGUGGUGCGAUGAGCGGACAGCACUUCAGUCCACACAACCAGUAUGGGAGCUCCAGACCACACUCCUCACCGCCACAUCGAGGAUCUUUUGAUGAGCACCGAGGUCCUCCCCCUCAGGACGAUAGACCCCACCCUUCUCCACGUUUUGGAGGAGCAGAGCGGUACCGCUUAGAUAGGCUUUCUGAUGAGGCUAGACCUAUUCGCCACAGUGGGCCACUACUGCCAACUCCCUCAGAGGCCCCAAUAGGUCCUCCCAGUCGAAUGGGAGCCCACAGUCCAGACAUGCACCGCGAUGACCCCUGGCACCGCCACUCUCCUGAAAUUAGGAGGAGGAGCAGCACCACCCGAGAAGACUCAGAACCCCGCAUUGGAGAUCGCUUCAGUCGCUUUGAAGGAGGGCACAGAGAACCUGCUCCUGGUCUGUCACAACCCUCUGAAGAGAGACAGAGGGAGCUUUCCGAGGACCAUCGGAGGGAAAGAGAGCGGGAUGUCCCCCACCCUGGCAGACCAUCAUGGGACAGAGGCAAGCGGUGGAGCAGAGAGAGAGAGUGGGAUAGAGCCAGAGAAAGGGAUCGCGAUAUGGAACGUAGCAGAGACCGUGAUCCAGAGCGCCCAAGAGAGCGAGAUCGUGAUCGGGAGCGUAGCAGAGAAAGGGACCGCGACCCUGAGAAUACCCGAGAAAGAGAUCGUGAUCCGGAGGGUACCCGAGAAAGAGUCUGUGACCCGGAGCGUAGCCGAGAAAGAGAGCGUGAUUCAGAGCGAAACCGAGAAAGAGAGCGUGAUCUGGAGCGCAGCCGAGAAAGGGACCGUGAUCUGGAGCGUACCCGAGAAAGAGAGCGUGAUCUGGAUCGUAGCCGAGAAAGAGAGCGUGAUCCGGAGCGUAGCCGAGAAAAAGACCGGGAUCCGGAUCGUAGCAGAGAAAGAGACCGCGAACCAGAUAGAAACCGAGAAAGAGAGCGCAGCAGAGGGAGGGAGGUGGAAAGGCACAGGGACACAGAGGGAGAGCGACACAGGGAUCAAGACACAGACAAAAGGAGAGACCGGGAGAGGGACAGGGAAAGAGACAGAGCAAGAGACAGAGCCGGGGAAUCUGACAGGAGGGACCACGACCGCGACAGAGGGAGAAACCGUGAUCGAGAACGCGAACGAGAGCGAGACAAGAGGCGGGACAGAUCCCGAAGCAGGGAACGGGACAGGGACAGAGAACGUGGGAAAGACCGGGGCAGAGACAGGGAGAGAGAUAGGGACAGGGACAAAGAGCGGGAUCGUCGUGACAGGAGCAGAAGCAGAGAAAAGAGAGAGGAGAAAAAGGACAGUAAACAUGAUACACCCAAGGAGAGGGAUAAAACUGCAGAUAGUGACAAGUCCUAGUCUCUGUUUUAUGGAAACUACAUUAUGGUUUUGAGAGACACUUAAAUCUUUCACCAUUUGAAAUCCAGUUGUAUCACUGUAAAUGUAGAUGAGCAGUAUUUCGUUAAAUUUCCACAGUUGUGUUCAUACUAGAAAAAAAGUUUGACAAUGUUUGUAUUCUUUUUGUCACCUAAAAGUUUCUAUCUUUGUUUUAUCACAUUUGAAAAACAAAAAACUAAAGGCCAUCUUAGUUGCUUGUGUACACUAUGUAAUGAGUAGACUACCAAGUCCUAUUACAUGUACCGUUCUCCUGUCCAAGCAGGGUUUUUUUUAAGUAAACAAUAAUGUAACUGAGUAACACACCAUUUGCAAUAUGUAAAUAUGAAUGUAUUUGUGUAUAUACUGAUGUUUUUAAUCAUACUUUUCUAAAUAGAGAAAAUAAAGCCAUAUAUCUGAGAUGGAUAAUGUGAAAGUUAAGAAAACACUGUUUACACACAAAUGUGUGUUUAUAUGUCCAGCAGCAUUGAACUUAAAGGCUCAAACUAUCUACAGUAUACAUCCCGUCAAUGGUUAAUGACAUGUCCUGAUUUUGUUUCAGCUCAACCAAUUAAACAUGUUUGAUGAAGUAUG